AUUUUCAGGUCUUCCUGCAAUGGUUCACGGUUGUGGCAAUCGAAUGGUGAAAUUUUUAUUUUUCACUGCAAAUUUACUGAUCUGUUUAUUUGGCGCACUUAUUUUUGGCUUCUCAUUAUGGGCUAAUUUGGAUGAAGAUUUUGCGCUAAAGCUGGAAGAAACGAGAAAAAUACAUAAAGAAGAUUUUAAUGUGCUGGCAAGAUAUCAAGCAGCAUUUUGGGUAUUGGUUGUUAUUGGGGCAUUCUUGUUUCUCGUUGGUUUCCUCGGCUGUUGUGGUGCAAUGUGUGAAAAUAUCAUGUUGUUGACUGCAUUUUUCAUCAUAAUACUAAUUCUUACAACAAUCGAAGUUGGCGCGGUAAUAUUUGCAAUCACUAGCAAGGGCCAAUUUAAAAGUGUUUUACAUAGGCUACUAUCAGAAGCUGGUAAAGCAGAAGACAAAUACUUGCCGAAUUUAAAACCCAUCGAAGAUCUGUUUUAUUGCUGUGGUGCAACGCAAGAAACGAUGAACCGGUACAUGGAACAUGGCUUAUGUGAAGGAGAAUUGAAGAAUAAGCCGGACUGCUUCACGGCAAUAUCGGAUUAUUUGGAGUCAACCGGAGAAGCGGUCGUCGUAUUUGCAUUCUUUUUGCUAAUUAUCGAGUUGUUUGCUUUAGUUUCCACAUGUAUACUAUGUAAAGCAUUCCGUUAUGGAAGGCCAUACUACUAUGCUUAAUUUUUUUCACUUUCACUAAUUAUGUAUGCCACUGUUAAUCAACUGAACAUAUAUUUAAAACUGUUCCUGUAAAUACCAUGCCUUUAUCCAGAAAUUGAUCAUAUUCUGGACACAAUAACCUCAUUCCAGAUUCACUCAGUCUUUUUGCUUUUUUUUGUUGAAACUAUUCAGGACCUCAAAUGAACAUCCACAGCCUUAAAAUUCCAUUCAAGUCUGGCAAUAUUGUUUCCUCUCUUGCUAUGUAUAAUAUAUUGAAUUUGUUUACUUUGAUCACC